AUGUUCGCAGCAGCGCUAGCCGUCCUCCUAGCCGCCGCCGCCGCCGCGGUGUCCCCGGCCGCGGCGCGUGACUACGCGCCGGGGAAACGCAACAUCUGCGUCAAAGAGAACGGCACCGGGAGCCCGAUACUCUGGACGGGCAAGUUCUGCAAAACCCGCAACGGCUGGCCUUCCUCGGCCUUUGUCGGCAACGUCGAGUACCACCCGCCCAUAUGCUGCUACGACAUGGCCGCCUACGGAAGCUACCUGGAGGUGAUCCAAGGCAGCGCUGCCGCGUGCGCAUACGCCGACAGGUACGGCGUCAGCAUGACGUACAUCACCAAAGUGCCGGGCCGCGACGGCGUGUACGACAUCACCGUGGCCAACGCGCCGUACGGGACGGACACGUCCAAAACCCCCGGGCGGUACAUUUGCAAGAGGGCAGCGGUGAACGAGUUGAGGUACUACGGAAAUUAUCCGUACAAUUGA